AUGUCGACAACCACAGAAGGUAUACAAGCUUUUGAUCAUGUCACAUUCUGGGUCGGAAAUGCUUUGCAGGCUGCUUCGUGGUAUUGCAUUCGAUUUGGAUUCACACCGUAUAUGUACAAAGGCUUAGAAACAGGCACACGUGAUGUUGUCAGUCAUGUAAUCAAACAGAACCAGAUUGUGUUCAUAUUUCAAUCGGCACUUGCGCCCAACAAUGCACAACAAGGUCAUCAUCUUAUGUGCCACGGUGAUGGUGUAAAGGAUGUGGCAUUCUCCGUUAACAAUCUAGACUUAGUGGUGGAAAAGGCUCGUACCAAUGGAGCUACGAUCGUGAAAGAAAUAUGGAGUGAGAACGAUGAUCAUGGCACCGUACGUAUGGCAUGCGUGCAAACGUACGGCGACACAACGCACACUCUGAUUGAUCGAUCGGCCUACAAAGGUGAUUUUUUGCCUCAUUUCAAGCCACAUACCAUCGAUGAUGCACUCUUGAAUCGAUUAUCUGAUACGAACUUGAAAUUUGUCGAUCACAUCGUUGGCAAUAUGCCCAAUAAUGAAAUGGAAGCGACAGUACAAUGGUAUGAGAAGACGUUUCAAUUUCAUCGUUUCUGGUCUGUUGAUGAUGCUGUUCUUCACACGAACUACUCGUCACUGCGUUCCAUUGUCAUUGCCAAUGGUCAAGAGACUGUGAAAAUGCCAAUAAAUGAGCCAGCAUCGGGCAAACGCAAGUCACAAAUUCAAGAAUACGUCGAUUAUUAUGGUUCAGCUGGGGUGCAACAUAUAGCACUGAAUACAUCGGAUAUCAUAACCUCGGUGUCGAGAAUGCGCGAACGGGGCUUACACUUUUUACAAGUACCAAAAAGUUAUUAUACUGAUCUUCGAGAAAGACUUCAACAUUCCAAAGUGAAUAUUUCGGAAGAUUUAGACACGAUCGAGAAGCUGCACAUUUUGGUUGACUAUGAUGACAACGGAUAUUUGCUACAAAUCUUUACAAAGCCAAUGCAAGACCGACCAACUUUGUUCCUCGAAAUUAUUCAGCGCAAGAACCACAAUGGUUUUGGUGUUGGAAACUUCAAAGCAUUGUUCGAAGCCAUCGAGCGUGAGCAAGAAGCACGCGGAAAUCUGUGA